AGUUGUCGGAGUUCACUGCACUCGAUGUCUACGCAAUAAUCGACACUGUCCGCACUUGUUACCGAUCCUCCGCCUCCUCCAUCUCCAUCCUCUCAGCUCUCCUCCAUGGCGGCCCUCGUCCACCUCCUCCUCCUCCUGUCUCUCUCCGCCGCCACCUCCGCCGCCGCCGCCGGCCACCGCCCGCACUUCACAGACCCAUCGCACCCCUCCCUCUCCGUCGUCCCGCCCCAGGUCACACGGGCCUGCCGGGCCACCCGGUUCCAGGACCUCUGCGUCUCCACCCUCUCCCGCUCCAAGCCCCCCCUCACCAAGUACUCCUCCCAGUCCCUCUCCGCCAUCCUCGCCGCCGUCGCCGUCUCCUCCGACGGCCUCAACACCGCCCAGUCCAUGGUCAAGUCCCUCCUCGCCCCCUCCUCCGGCCACCGCAGCCUCAACCUCACCGUCCACUCCAAGAACUGCCUCCAGCUCCUCCCCCUGUCCCACUACCGGAUGAGCUCGACGGCGUCGGCGCUGCCCCGCGGCGGGGUCAAGGACGCCCGCGCGUACAUGAGCGCGGCCCUGGAGUACCAGUACAACUGCUGGUCGGAGCUGAGCUACGCGAACGAGACGGCGGCGGUGGACCGCACGAUGGCGUACCUGAACACCCUCAUGUCGCUCACCAGCAACGCCCUGAGCAUGAUCGUCGCGUACGACGUCCGCGGCGCCAAGAUGGACUCCUGGACCCCGCCCGCCACCGAGCGGAACGGCUUCUGGGAACACGGCCCCGGCCGAGGCCCCCUCUCGGGGUCCCCCGGCGGGGUCCCGCGGGGGCUGGCGGCGGACGCGACGGUGUGCAAGGCCGCCGGCCGGGGGUGCCACCGGACGGUGCAGGACGCCGUGAACGCGGCGCCGAACAACGCCGCGAGGGGGAAGAGGUUCGUGAUCCACAUCAAGGCAGGGGUGUACGAGGAGAUCGUGAGGGUUCCGCUGGAGAAGAAGAACGUGGUGUUCGUCGGCGACGGCGCCGGCAGGACGGUAAUUACGGGGUCCCUUAGCGCGGCGAUGCCUGGAGUGUUCACCUACAAUACGGCUACUGUUGGUGUGUUCGGGGAUGGGUUCAUGGCCCUUGGAAUCACGUUCCAGAACACAGCCGGUCCAGAUGUCCACCAGGCUGUGGCCUUCAUGUCGGACAGCGACCUGUCCGUCGUUGAAGACUGCGAGUUCUUGGGCAAUCAAGACACUCUCUACGCCCACUCUCUCCGCCAGUUCUACAAGUCCUGCCACAUCGAAGGGAACGUGGACUUCAUAUUUGGGAAUGCCGCCGCGGUGUUCCAGGACUGCACGAUCCUGGUGCGGCCCCGGCAAGUCACCCCCGAGAAGGGCGAGAACAACGCAGUCACGGCCCAAGGGAGGACGGACCCGGCCCAGUCGACGGGCCUCAUUCUCCACAAUUGCUUGAUUAACGGCACGGAGAGGUACAUGGAGCUGUACCGCAGCAAUCCUAAAGUGCACAGGAACUUCUUGGGCAGGCCGUGGAAGGAGUACUCCAGGACGGUGUUCAUAGGUUGUCGCAUGGAAGAGCUCAUAAGCCGGGAGGGAUGGAUGCAAUUCAGGGAGGGUUUUGCACUCAAAACGCUUUAUUACGGAGAGUUUGGGAACUCAGGACCCGGGGCGGACACGUCGGGGAGAGUUUCGUGGAGCAGCCGCAUCCCGGCGAACCACUUGAACGAGUACUCCGUGCAGAACUUCAUCCAGGGCAACGGGUGGAUUCCUUCAUCGACCCCUUCUCAGCUGUGAAUCAAAAUUGACGUCGGGGAAGAUGGAUCGGACAUGGUUGUUGUGCUUGUGGAAGAUCUAGGAAGAAACCUUGGCAUGAGCUUGAAGGAGUUUGUAUUGCAACUAUAGGAGCGGGAUGUAACAUUAAAUGCCAUCUUCUGUGCAUGAAGACAUGAAAACGAUAACGUUAUCUCUGCAGUUUAAGGAAUUCUACACAUAUGAGCUAAUUUUGCUUGUUAAA